AUGGCAGUCUGCACGUCACAGCUUGGUCUGAUCAGCCAGCAUUCCAUCUUGACGGCUGCCGGCAGUUUAGACGGCCGUCAAGGCAAUCUCCACGCAAUUUCGACCCCUCACAGCCCGUCAUUACUCGUCAGGAAGCCACGUGUCGUCUGCUCGUUGGGUCCUGAAAUAGAAAAGUCCGGGUUUGGGUUUAACGCAGUGACACGCGGAAGAAGGCCGAGCACGGCUUGCAGAGCUGAUAAAAAGGAUGCGGCGAGAAAGGCGUUGGAAGACGCUCUUUCAGGCAAGAAAGACCUUUUGAACAAGUGGGAUGCCGAGAUCAAGAGGCGGGAAGAGGGCGGAGGGGGAGGGGAGGGUCGGGGGAGGGGCUGGGGGGGCGGCGGAGGAGGGGGGGGAGGGGACGGAGAUGGUGUGAGCGGCGGGUGGGAUGAGCGGUGGGAGGAGACGAAGCAGGUUCUGUUCGCAAUUGGCGGCAUUCUUGGCAUUUAUCUGCUGUUCACACAAGGUCUUCGCAUCGUGGCAUUCCUAAUCAACUGCAUUCUCUUCGUGCUUCGGGGCUUUAAGGGGCCGCGCUCACAGCAGCAGGAGAUCUACACCCCCCGUGCUGCCACCGCUGGUGCUGCUGCGGACGGUGGGGACGUGGGUGAAGCAGGGAAGAGGGAGGAGAGUGUGCGGCAGAAGUGGGGAGGGGAUGAAUGA